AUGAUUGCGGAACCGCAUGAUGACUUCGAUAUGCUUGAAAGACGAUUCGAGCAGAGAUAUGAAGUCACUGAGCCGAAGGCUCUCGGCGAGGGAACCUACGGCAAGGUCUACAAAGCUCUCAGCAGGCAGAGCAACCAGGCUGUUGCCAUCAAGAGGAUCAAGCUCAAUCCCGAGGAUGACGAGGGAAUUCCGAGCACAGCUCUUCGCGAAAUUGCAGUGCUGAAGGAGCUGGACAGUGAGUACGUAGUGAAGCUGUUUGAGGUGUUCUGCUCUCCCAGCAAGCUGGUACUCGUCUUUGAGCUGAUGGAGAACGACCUCAGAAAGUACAUGAAGCAGGUCAAUGGAAAGAUUCCCCCGCCUCGCGUCAGGAGUCUUUGCUGGCAGAUGGUCAAAGGCCUCGAAAUUUGUCACGCCAAUCGUAUCAUACAUCGUGACAUCAAGCCGCAGAACCUCCUGAUAGAUGGAAACCACCGGCUGAAGCUGGCAGACUUUGGUCUCGCGCGGGCUUUCCUGGUCCCGCUCCCAAAGUACACUCACGAGGUCGUCACGGUAUGGUACCGGGCACCGGAGAUCCUGCUAGGAUCAGGUGUCUACAGCCUUGGCGUGGACAUGUGGGCGGUCGGUUGUGUGUUUGCCGAAAUGGCGACAGGUCGACCACUUUUUCAAGGAGACUCGGAGAUUGACACUAUCUUCAAGAUCUUCCAGAAGCUGGGCACGCCUAGUGAGACAGUCUGGCCCGGAGUUCAGGAUCUUCCGAAUUUCAAAGCCAACUUCCCUCAGUGGAGACACAAAGGUUGGGAAAACAUCCGCACCACCAAGGAGAAGGUGGGUGACAGUGGCAUUGAUCUUCUGGAGAAACUCCUUGCAUAUGCGCCCAAGCAGCGACUGAGCGCGCGCAAGGGGCUGGAACACCCCUACCUGGCAGACUUCGUGCCUUGA